AUGAGCGGCUCAUUCAAGGCGAGCAUCAGCCAGAAAGCGUUCCUGUCCCCCACCGACGUGGCCGAGCUCACAGCCGCAGCAGUGGCGGCGCUACCCAGCACUUUGUCGCAGGCCAAUCUGGCGCUCAAGAAAUCGACGACUAGCGCGCACCGCACCGAGAACGGGGACAUUGUGCACCACCAUCAGGCCACACACCGCGGGGGCAACGCAACGCUCGUGACGUCCACGACCACUACGAUCCAUCACAUGGGAGGCCCUGGGAAGUCUGGCGUCUCAGCUUCCGCUGGAGCUAGCUCGGCCCUGACGCCACAGCCUCAGUUUUCGCUGCACUCGCAUGGUCACCAUCAUCAUCAUCACCUCUCGCAUGGAGCGAGUUUGCUGGCCAACGGCAGUCUUAGCGGACUGGCGAAUAGCAGCCUAGGAGGGAGUGGAGUCGAUGGGUCCGUCGGAUCUGGAGCUCUUGCGGCGUCGCCCACGUUCCAGGGAGAUCUGAACCAGAUCGACGCCGGACUGAACUCGGAGGAUGCCGACGUCCAACUUGAAGCUGCUAAGAAGCUGCGUGUGCUGCUGUCGUCGGAGAGAGAUCUGCUGAUUCGUCAGAUGCUAGAGAAGAACUGGACCCCACGUUUGAUCAAGUGGCUGAGGCUGCGAGACCGACCGACUCUGCAAGUUGAAGCGUUGUGGGCACUUACCAACAUUGCAGCAGGAGCGACUGACAACACGUCGGUAUUGCUGCAGAACGGUGUGAUCCCAACGCUUGUUUCGUUGUUGGACUCGUCGAAUGAAGAGGUACUGGAGCAAUCCGUGUGGGUUCUGGGGAACUUGGCGGGCGAAGGCGCUGCGACGAGGGACCUCGUGCUGAGUGCUGGUGCGCUGACGCCGCUGGUGAACAACUUGAAGAAGACCUCGUGGGACCGACUGUCGCUGCUUCGAAUCUUGACCUGGACUAUCAGCAACUUGUGUGACGGCCAGCCGCGGCCAGUGUUUGACAUCGGACUCAUCCUGCCGUAUCUGGCUAAGAUGCUUACUAGCACGGACACAGAGAUCUUGAGUCACGUAUGCUGGGCAUUUUCGCAUCUCUGUGAUGGACCAAGUACUCAUAUCCAGGCUGUGGUGGACUCGGACGUGUGUUUCCGACUCGUGGAGCUGCUGAGUCACUCGUCGUGGCGCGUCACGAAGCCAGCUCUACGUGCGAUUGGGAACAUCGUGUGCGCUGAAGACGACCACGACUACACCCAGCACAUCAUUGAGUGUGGCGCCGUGCCUUCGUUGCGGAGACUGAUCGCCCAUUCGAAUCGCGAGAUCCAGAAGGAAGCUUGCUGGACGCUGUCGAACAUCGCUGCCGGUACUGUAGACCAGAUCCAGUGCGUGCUUGACUCUGGCUGUAUCCCGUCCUUGAUGGGACUGGCAGCAUCUGACGCGACGGAUGCAGAGGUCAAGAGUGAAGCCUGCUGGGUUGUGCUCAACGCCACCUCGUGCGGAUCGGAUAGUCAGAUUGAAUACCUCGUGAAUCAGGGCUGCAUUCAGAUCCUAGGCAAUCUCUUGGAGGAAACGAGUAUGGUAAUGAUGGCACUAGAAGGACUGGAACGCAUUCUUCAGGUCGGUGAGCUGGAGGCAAAGCGCACGGACUCGCCCAAUCCGUAUGCAAGUCUGAUGGCUUCCGCGAACAUAGAGACGUUGGUGUCACACAAGUCGGCGACUGUGGCGAAGCGUGCGUCGCGCAUCUGGCAGCAACACUUUGUCACGUGCGCAAUCUGCCUCGGCCCAUUCUCGAAACACUCGAACGACACAUUCUUCUGCGCCGAGUGCAAGUGCAACGUAUGUAAGCACUGCGACUGCACGGUCUUCCACCUUAAAUACCAGGAGAGUCUCUGGAAGGAGGAGACGGAGAAGGAGACGAAUGAAAAACAGGCGCGACAGGCCUCAAAGCGUAGCAAGCGACAGAAGAAGCGUCAGCGUACGAAGGAGCGCAAGGCGGCACUUCUUCGAGGUCAGAAGGCAGCUCCGAGUAGCAAUGGGAAAGGAUCGAAGCGAGACCAGCGGCAAAAGGGACAGCAACAGGACAACUCGUCUUCAGAUGAAGCUUCGUCUACUAAGUCGGAAGGCGGUCGACGUCGACGGCAGGAUGCAGACGACUCAGGCUCUGAGAACGGCUCCAAUGAGUCGAACGAAGAGGAAGAGGACGGCGGAGCAACUACCCCUGGCGAUGAAGAGGAAGUGGCGACUGAAGAGGACGUGAACGUCGAUGUGCUAGACGAGAUGGUGAACGCAAACGACAAGCUGGUGUCGUACUUGCUGGAGACGGGGUCGAUCAUGGCGCUUGCUGAGCGCUUGGACUUGGAGGACGACAGCACGUGGAUUGUGGCGGAGAAGGAUAGAACUGCUAUCCACGCCUAA